AUGUCACUAUCAAAUGUCAUGUGCAAGAUUGCAACAAGCAAAAGUCUACACAGGUGUACCGGGCACAUAUUAGCUGUGUACCUCAACAUGUUGGCGGCUCUCAUAAUUGCCGCCCAAGAACACUUCAUAUAUACUUCAUAUAUCCUAUAUAACUAUUUGAUUUUAAUUCAGUUUCUUUUUCUCUACAGAUUUCUGAUGAAACUCAGUCAUGAAACAGUGACAAUUGAACUUAAAAAUGGCACACAAGUCCAAGGCACCAUUACAGGUGUGGAUGUAGCCAUGAACACACACCUCAAAAGUGUGAAAAUGACUCUAAAGAACCAUGAACCUGUCAGCUAUGACACACUUACUAUCAGAGGAAACAACAUUCGUUACUUCAUUUUGCCUGAGUCUUUGCCUCUUGAAAACUUGCUCAUUGAUGAUGGGCCCAGAGCCAGAAGGGGCAGAUCAGAACGUGGACGUGGACCAGGAGGUCGUGGACGAGGACGUGGUGGACGUGGACGUGGUCGAGGAGGACCCCGUGGCAGAGGCCGAGGAGGACCACGCCGUUAGAUACCUUGAUAAAUUUUUUGAAUGUGUGUUAUUUGUACAAAAUAUUCUGAACUGAAUAAUUAAUUUUAUUUACCGUUUAGCCAAAGUGGAUGAUUUGUUUAUUUAUGGAGUCCUACAGUAUGCAGCCUUCCCUGCAGAAUAAAUUUGAAUUGUCUGUAUGGAAAAGUGAUGCAAGUAAUUUUCUAGGUUUGUUAUCAUUUUGUUUUUCUUUUCUUUUCUUUUAUGGGAAGUCGACCAGCUAAAAUAUAUUAUUUUUUAAAAAAGUCAAAGAAGUUGUGUUGCAAGAAAGAGAAUUAUACAUACUGGAUAUUAAAGUAAGUUUAUUUUUGUUCUGAUCAGCCCAGUCUUUAUAGAUAUAUUUCUGCUCAAAAGAAGGGGAGCAGACAAUAUAUCCUUCCAUACCUAAGUUUCAUUAACAUUAAGAAAUUUGGUAUGCUUCAUUAAUGUAAUUGUAUUUCUUAAGAGUAAAUAGUUAUAAGGUUUUCUAUA